AUGGGUAUGGGGUCUGGGGGGCACAAGUGGGAUGAAGGUCCCAGCCUGUUGAGCCCAAUCCUCUCCUGCAACACCACAGACGUGGUGGUGCUGGAGGUGAGCAGCUCCCUGGCACAGCCCUCCUUGUUCUACCACCUCGGCGUGCGUGAGAGCUUCAGCAUGACCAACAACGUGCUCCUCUGCUCCCAGGCUGACCUCCCUGACCUGCAGGCCCUUCGGGAGGAUGUUUUCCAGAAGAACUCGGAUUGUGUUGGCAGCUACACACUGAUCCCCUAUGUGGUGACAGCCACGGGUCGGGUGCUGUGCGGUGAUGCAGGCCUCCUGAGGGGCCUGGCUGAUGGGCUGGUACAGGCCGGGGUGGGCACGGAGGCCCUGCUAACACCCCUGGUGGGCCGGCUCGCCCGCCUGCUGGAGGCCACGCCCACGGACUCUUGUGGCUACUUCCGGGAGACCAUUCGGCAGGACAUCCGGCAGGCCCGGGAGCGGUUCUGCGGGCAGCAGCUGCGGCAGGAGCUGGCUCGCCUGCAGCGGAGACUGGACAGCGUGGAGCUGCUGAGCCCCGACAUCAUCAUGAACCUGUUGCUCUCCUACCGCGAUGUGCAGGACUACUCAGCCAUCAUCGAGUUGGUGGAGACGCUGCAGGCCUUGCCCACCUGUGAUGUGGCCCAGCAGCACAACGUCUGCUUCCACUACACGUUCGCCCUCAACCGGAGGAACAGGCCUGGGGACCGGGAGAAGGCCCUGGCUGUGCUUCUGCCGCUGGUACAGUGUGAGGGCUCCGUGGCACCUGACCUGUACUGCAUGUGCGGCCGUGUCUACAAGGACAUGUUCUUCAGCUCUGGCUUCCAGGACGCUGGGCACCGGGAGCAAGCCUAUCACUGGUAUCGCAAGGCCUUUGAUGUGGAGCCCAGCCUCCACUCGGGCAUCAACGCAGCUGUGCUGCUCAUCGCUGCUGGGCAGCGCUUUGAGGACUCUGAGGAGCUCCAGCUCAUAGGCAUGAAGCUGGGCUGCCUGCUGGCCCGAAAAGGCUGUGUGGAAAAGAUGCAGUAUUACUGGGAUGUAGGCUUCUACCUGGGAGCUCAGAUCCUCGCCAAUGACCUCGCCCAGGUGGCGCUGGCUGCAGAGCAGCUGUACAAGCUCAAUGCUCCCAUAUGGUACCUGGUGUCCAUGAUGGAAACCUUCCUGCUGUACCAACACUUCAGACCCACGCUAGAGCCUCUUGAAGGACCCCCGCACCGUGCCCACUUUUGGCUCCGCUUUUUGCUACAGUCCUGUCAGCCACUCAAGACGGCUUGUCCCCAAGGGGACCAGUGCUUGGUGCUGGUCCUGGAGAUGAACAAGGUGCUGCUGCCUGCGAGGCUCAAGAUUCAGGGUGCUGACCCGGUGAGCGCAGUGACCCUGAGCCUGCUGGAGCCCGAAACCGAGGACAUUCCAUCCAGCUGGACCUUCCCAGUGGCCUCCAUCUGCGGGUUCGAUUACGAGUACACGGAGACCGGCGAGCGGCUGGUGCUGGGCAAGGGCACCUACGGGGCGGUGUACGCGGGCCGCGAGCGGCACACACGGGUGCGCAUAGCCAUUAAGGAGAUCCCGGAGCGGGACAGCAGGUUCUCUCAACCCCUGCAUGAAGAGAUAGCGCUGCACAAACGCCUUCGCCACAAGAACAUUGUGCGCUAUCUGGGCUCCGCCAGCCAGGGCGGCUACCUCAAGAUCUUCAUGGAGGAAGUGCCCGGAGGCAGCCUGUCCUCCUUGCUGCGGUCAGUGUGGGGACCCCUGCAGGACAAUGAGAGCACCAUCAGUUUCUACACCCGCCAGAUCCUGCAGGGACUCAGCUACCUGCAUGACAACCGCAUUGUGCAUCGAGACAUCAAGGGGGACAAUGUACUGAUCAACACCUUCAGUGGGCUGCUCAAGAUUUCUGAUUUCGGCACGUCCAAGAGGCUGGCAGGCAUCACACCCUGCACUGAGACCUUCACAGGGACCCUACAGUAUAUGGCCCCAGAAAUCAUUGACCAGGGCCCACGAGGGUAUGGGAAGGCGGCUGACAUCUGGUCACUGGGCUGCACUGUUAUCGAGAUGGCCACAGGUCGCCCACCCUUCCAUGAGCUAGGGAGCCCGCAAGCCGCCAUGUUUCAGGUGGGCAUGUACAAGGUGCAUCCGCCAAUGCCCACUUCUCUGUCAGCGGAGGCCCAAACCUUCCUUCUCCGAACUUUUGAGCCAGACCCCCGUCUCCGAGCCAGUGCUCAGGCACUGCUGGGGGACCCCUUCCUGCAGCCUGGGAAGAGGAGCCGCAGCCCUGGCUCCCCCAGACCCGCACCGCGGCCCUCAGAUGCCCCUUCAGCCAGCCCCACUCCUUCGGCCGACUCGACCACCCAGUCCCAGACAUUCCCGUGCCCACAGGCACCCUUUCAGCAUCCACCGAGUCUGCCCAAGCGCUGCCUCAGUUAUGGAGACACCAGCCAGCUCCGGGUGCCUGAGGAGCCCGGGGCGGAGGAGCCCACGUCCCCCGAGGAGAGUUCUGGGCUGAGCCUGCUGCACCAGGAGAGCAAGCGCAGGGCCAUGCUGGCCUCGGUGCUGGAGCAGGAGCUGCCCACGCUGGCGGAGAAUCUGCGCCUGAAGCAGGAACAGGGUCCCCGUCUGGGCAGGAAUCAUGUGGAACAGCUGCUGCGCUGCCUCGCCGCGCACAUCCACACGCCCAACCGUCGGCAGCUGGCCCAGGAGCUGCGGGCGCUGCAAGGGCAGCUGCGGGCCCAAGGCCUCGGGCCGGCGCUUCUGCAUGGACCGCUCUUCGCCUUCCCGGAUGCGGUGAAGCAGAUCCUCCGCAGGCGCCAUAUCCGCCCACACUGGAUGUUCGUACUGGACUCGCUGCUCAGCCGAGCUGUGCGGGCAGCCCUGGCUGUCUUGGGCCCAGAGGUGGAGAUGGAGGCGGUCCCACCGAGGUCAGAGGAGUCAAGUAAAGAAGAGGAACCCCAGUCCAAGCAGCAGGAAACCUUGGUCAAGUUGAGCCGGCUCCCUGGGGAACCAGAGCAGGGAUCCCCGCCCCUGAUGGUGCAGCUGAGCCUCUUGCGAGCAGAAACUGACAGGCUUCGAGAUGUCCUGGCUGAGAAGGAGCGGGAGUGCCAGGCCCUGGUGCAACAAGCUCUACAGCAGGUCAGCCGGAAGGCAGGGAUCUUUGCCCUGGCCUCCGAGCCCCCAGCUGCUCUCACAGUGGAUCAGGGCCUGGUGCAGUGGCUACAGGAACUGAAUGUGGAUUCAGGCACCAUCCAGAUGCUGCUGAACCACAGUUUCACCCUCCAUACCCUAUUGACCUGUGCCACUCGAGAUGACCUCAUCUACACCCGCAUCAGGGGAGGGAUGGUAUGCCGCAUCUGGAGAGCCAUCUUGGCACAGCGAGCAGGAUCCACGCCGGUUACCCCUGGCCCCCAAGAGGCUGAAUGA